AUGAAGUCCUGUGUUGCAGCCGCUGCCUGCGUGGCCGGAGCCCAAGCCUUCGUGACACCCAGUGCGGCGGACCUUUACGACGCCCUGGCCAACGAAGACGAGGCGGCAACGGGGGAUGNGUGCGCAGACGCCAUCCGCCCACUUCUCAUAGAGAGCCGCUUGCAGGCGACCCGGCAGGACCUGGACACCUCAUCCGUCGGGCCGCGGAACGAUUUGUGGACAGAGGUCACCGCGCGCUUCCGAGACCCUGACCACCAGGUACACGGUCAUAGGUAGGGGGAUUGAUUGGGACGGAUCGGCCGAGAACUUUGCACAAAGACAGCAGUCGAAGUGUUUGUUGACACGCAUGCCGUAUGUUUAUGGUCAUGUUAGCCAUUGUACUCAACACCUCAUAACGUCCACGGGCGAUCGCCGUUGUUUUAGGUAAAAAGCCAUGAGGUACCCACCCCCAAGAGCGGGUCAACCUGCUGUUGACGUACACCGGUAACUUAUGGUGUUGUUGCUGACGCCGACGAAGAUCAUACUGCUGUAGUUGCUUCGAA